AUGGUUGCACAUGAAAACUUAUUGGAAGCUGUAAGUAAUGGGAAAAAAGAUUAUGAAUAUAAAAAGAAACAACAAGAAAAAGAAAGAAGUUCAAUACAAAACGAAAUUGUUAAACAAGAUCAAAAAGUCCUAGAACUAAUACAUAAAAAGCAAAAUUUGGAUGCUGAAAUCUGUAAAUUAAAUGAAGAUUUGGCAAAUAUAUCCGAAAUGAGUAUUGAAGAAGAUAGAAAUCAUAAUAAUAGUAUUUUGAACUUGAUUCAAAAAAGAAAUGAAAAUGUCGAGAAUAUUAAUCGACUGGAAAAAGAAAUCGAACAUAGAACAGAUAUUAUUAAUAAUGGCAUGAAUAAUGAAGUUAAUAAUGAAGUUAAUAAUGACUGUAUUGAAAAUAAUAAAGAAAAUAACCAAUCCAAUAUAUUAAUUAAAUCAAAUAGUUUUGAGAACUUUGAUUUAAAUGAAGAUAAAGAUAAUACAUCAACUAUUUCAGAAAGUUCCAAAAAGAAAUUUUAUGGAAUUCUCCAUUUUAUCUCAGAAAAGAUUCUACCAGAAGAUAAGCCUCUUUUGGAUAUUCAUGUACCUCAAGCUGGUGAUCUAAAAGAUAAAAUUAUCCAUCAAAUCAAAGAAUUAAAACCAACUCAACUUUGUGCUAUAUCUCAAAAUAGUACUACUGGAAAAAUAGAAACUUCCAAAACAAAAAAAAAAUUUAAAAAAGAUUCUGCAGCAAUGCUAAUGGCUGAGCAAUUGAAAAAAGCUCCCUGGAAUACCAUUGAGCAGGUAUAA